CCUCGCUGUAGUCGAGGGCAGACAUGCGAUCAGCUUGAACUUGUACACAGUUUUGCAUCCAGUUUUUCUCCUGAAACUCACGUGACACUGAGAGACACUGAGACACUGAGACAGACAGACUGAGAGACACUGAGAGACAGACAGAUGGACACCGCCGCCGCGGCUCCGGGUCCGAGUCCGUCCGCGUGCAAGCUCACCGGCUCGUCUCGGUGGGUGAGGCUCAACGUGGGGGGCACUUACUUUCUCACAACCGCGCAAACUCUGUGCCGGGAGCCCAAGUCUUUCCUGUACCGACUCUGUCAGGAGGAUCCCGAGCUCCACUCAGACAAGGAUGAGGUGGGUGCAUAUUUGAUUGACAGAGAUCCAGUAUAUUUUGGGCCUGUGCUGAAUUACCUGAGACACGGCAAACUAGUCCUCAACAAAAAUCUGACUGAAGAAGGAGCUCUUGAAGAAGCCGAGUUCUACAACAUCACGUCUUUGAUUAAACUUAUCAAGGACCGGAUCAGAGAACGAGAUGCGAAAACCCUACAUACUCCACUGAAGCAUGUGUACAGGGUGUUGCAGUGUCAGGAAGAGGAACUCACUCAGAUGGUCUCCACCAUGUCAGAUGGAUGGAAGUUUGAGCAGCUUGUCAGUGUAGGCUAUGGGCAGACACAGAAGUCGGAGUUUCUCCUGAUUGUGUCUCGCGAGGUGAAGGGGGAGGAAUCGUGUCAAACUCACCCUGCUUACUGCGGAGAGCUGGUAAGCAUCGGCUCCUCCUAUAACUACGGCAGCGAAGACCAAGCCGAGUUUCUGUGCGUCGUUUCCAAGGAGCUUCAAAACCAGUCAUCCGGUAAUAACAGCCAACCGAGUGAGAAAGCCAAGAUACUCCAGGAGCGAGGCUCUCGGAUAUGAGGCUAUCGGAGAAAAUGCCUACAUAUAGAAGCGUAUAUAAGUUUUAGGCACUGAAAUGUUUUCUUAAAGGAGAAAUGAUCAUGACUGGUUCGACCAGACGACCAACCAAAACAAAUACUUACUGUAUAGUAGUGUGUGUUGAGGCAAAAACGGAGGGGACUACUACUGAACUGCUCAACGCCUCAGGAUUAAAUGUAGCUCAGAGUGUCAUCAUUUUGUCCAACAGAAAUUUCAGCACAAGUCCCGGUUUCCACUCGUCCAAAGGUUUUAUUCUUUCCUCAUCCAAAAACAAUGUCCACUAACAUCAUGAUCAUUUCCGCUCGGGGGAAAAUCUUUCAGUAACGUAAACAUCAAAUACCAUGACAAGAAAAACUAACAAGCAUACACUAGGCAUGCGGUAACACUGAUAACACAGGUAACUGUAGACGACUCUGUGGGUCUCACAUUUAUUCAUUAAGGUCUUGCGUAGAGAUUUUCAAUUUCAAAAGUCUGUUUUUAGAAACAUUUUGUUAUUCAGUAUUGGAUAGUAACUCGUUGCUUCUGAACCUUCCAUCAUUUGAAUACAUUAGGUCUGAGUCGAUCUGACUUGAACCCCUAAAUAUAAUAAUGUGGGUUGUGAUUUGAGAACCACCGUAUUAAGGAACAAGUUAUAUAUUUCAUCUGCUUAACACUGUAGGAAUGUAAACAUCUCAGUGGUGAAGGCUUUCCCCGUAACAGCUUUAACUUCUGCAAUUGUCAAUAAAGUAGGAAACUGUUCUGCAUUGAUGCAGAAGCACCUUACGUUUAGUUUUCCAUUUACCUUGAUUAGCAUGUUUGGACGUGUUAUGUAUCUGACUUUCAUUAAACUAAAAACCUUCUCUAUGAAACGACGCCGACAUGUAACAUAAAAAGUUUUUUAAAAAUCUGCUUAAACAAUAAAGGGACAAAAACGAAGUCCGUAGCUAAACAUCAAGACUCGACAACAGUGUUGUUUAAAAGAGGAGAACAUGCGGAAGUUAAAUCUCAGGGAAAGAACGAAUAAUCAUUUAGUCUGGACGAUCAUGCUUUUUCCUCGCUGAUGAUAACGAUGACUCUUUUUAAGUCUUCCUGACUCCUUGCGGAGUUACUGUUCCACUCUGAAGCUUGGCGUUUUCCAAAAUCAGCACAUUCUGACAGUGCUUUAUUCCUCUUAAUCCACAGCAAUUUGCUAACACUUACAGUUUAAAAAUGAACAAUACUUUUUUGUUUUGUUUUUAAUAAUUAAUUUCAAUUUCAUGUCAUAUUACGAUGAAACCACACCUGCAAAUUUAAAACUAAAAGUUAAAAGACUGAUACAAAGCUCUGAUACUUCCAUAAUUUAUGUCUUUACAUCAAAAUUGUACUGUUUUCGUUUUAAAAUAUAAGUAUUAAAACAAACCUUUGAUUCGCCUUGCAACUGGAACUGGUUAUCAUGAUGGAAAGAAAUGCUUAUGUUAAAAGAAUCCCUGUAACAAAGAAAAAAAAAAAAAAAACAUGCAAAGAAAAAUCGCAAAGUAUCUAUUUCUGCUCUUUGCAGAUCUGCUAAUUAAACCAAAUUUCUACCAGCUGUGUUUUGUUUUUGUUUUUUCCUUUUGUUAAGGAUAUAUACUUAUGAUAUACUGUAGUACAAUCUGAUAUUAUGUACUUAUACAUGCAUCUGCUGAGGAUCUAUUUUACACACGAUAAAUGUUGCAUUUCAGUUCUGAUGAGUCUCGUGUGUUAAUUCAAUUACACGGCAUAUUUAUGUACUUAGACUUAUUUAUUCUGUACAUGCACUGUCACUCUUUUACCCACAUUAGGCAGACAGACUGUUAUACUAAUAAAGGCAUUUUAACAAAACUACAA